AUGAAGAGAUUGCGGUCAAGUGAAGAUCUUCACUCGUACAACAGCGGUGGUGAUAAGAACGGUGAUAAGAAUGGUGAUAAGAAUGGUUUUAAGGAUUCGAAUCUGAACCGUUCGUUUUCCUCUACUGGUCAGAGAAGCUUUUAUUACAAACAAGAGAAUGUUCGCAAGGGUUUAAUCUCGUCCUCUUCGUCGCGCUAUGAAAGGGAUCGGACUGUGGAGGAAGAUCGGGAGGGUCCGAGAUUGGUUAGGAAACGAUCUGACCAUGAUUUUGAUGGUUUUGAUCGGAGGAAGGGUUUUGAUCGAUAUAGUCGGGAUGGCGGUGGUUAUGGUGGUGGUGGUGGAAGUGGAGAUAGAAAUUCGAUUCAUAGGUCGGAGAGUUUCAGUGGACCGAGGAGGGAGUUUCCGAAGGGGUUUCGUUCGGAGAGGGAUCGGUCGAGAAGGGAGGGGAGUGUAUCUUCGUGGAGAAGAGGGUUGAAGGAUUUUGAUGAGAGUAGUAGAGGGAGUAAUAGUAGAGUUGAAGAGAGAGUAGUGCGUUCGCCUAAGGGGGGUUUUCCGAAGGAAGUGAAAUCACCUAGUUGGUCGAAGGAUUCUGGGAGUGAACAAUCGAAGAAAAGAUCUUCUUCUCCACUGGUGUUUAGAGAUGCUAAGUCAGUAUCAAAGUCACCUUCUGGGUCUAAGGAUUCGGAGAGUACACAGUCCAAGAGUGUUAGUGUUGAGGUGAAAAGAGCUGAAGAGUUAUCACAGCAGGUUCAGAGUGGAAGUGGUAGCGAAAUGGAAGAGGGGGAGCUUGAACCUGAACCGGUCCCUAAAUCGGAACCCAAACCAGCUUCUAAAGAUGCAGCGGCUGGAAGUGAAAUCCAGCAAACCUCUGAGGACAAACAAGUUCAUCAGCAGAUUGAAGGCCGUUUGACUGAUGCAGAUGUUGUUAUGGAAGAGAAACAGAUGUUGUCGAGUGAGAAAGAGGCAAACACUAUGGAGGAUGUUGAUUCUGAGGUAAAAGAUGCAGAAAAAGAAGUUCAUGAAUUGCCUAAGACUCAAGAUGUUUCAAUUAAGGAAACACCUUUUACUGAGAAUGUGAUUGGAACUGUUGAUAAGGAUAAUGAUAAGAAGGACACUAGUUUGAAUGUUGAUGAUACUCUCAAGGAAGAAUUGGAGAAGAAAACAAAUAAGGAGAAGGCAUUGCUUAAUGAAGAGGAACACGAGGCGGACAAGGGUGUAUGUAGUGGUGACAAAUCUGAGUCAAAUGCUGAAGGCUCAACAGUGAAUGCAGUUGCCGAAGUGAAGAGAGAAACAAUGGAGAGUGUGACCAACAAUGCCAAGGAUAAAGGAAAAAGCGUCUCGGUCACACCUGAUGUUGCUCAUUCUUCAGAAGAUAGUUUGUGGGUUGAUAGAGGGUCGAAAGAUCUCACAACAUGUCCUGUAGAUGCCAUGGAAGGUCCGAGCACUAGAGGGUUUGAGCUUUUCUCUAGAUCUCCUGUGAGAAAAGUAGAGAAGUCUAAUCGCUUGGUUCUAAAAGAGGAGAAUGAUGACAGUCUUGCAUUGGGGGAGCUUGAUCUUACCCUUAGCUUGCCUAAUGUUCUGUUACCGAUAGGAGCUCAGGAGACAACAACACAAGCCCCUGGAUCUCCUAGUCAAGCACGGAGUGUUCAGUCUCUAAGUAAUACAUUUUGUACUAACUCAGAUGGUUUUACUGCAUCAAUGUCAUUUUCAGGUUCCCAAUCACUUUAUCACAAUCCAAGUUGUUCUCUUACGAGAAAUUCAGUGGACUACGAACAAUCUGUUGGCAAAUCGGUUGGCAGUCGCCCCUUGUUCCAGGGAUUUGAUUGGCAAGCCUUAUCUCAGGGUGAUCCCAAGCCAAAAGAAAUUCCUUCUGGUCAGAGAACUUCGAUGAAUGGGAACGGUUCUCUUUACCAGCCUCAAGCAUCAUGGGGCAUUUUAGAUACUCAAGCUUUGAAAGGUCAACAUUCCAGGGCUCUAGAAGGAAGCUCAAAAAUGGGCAGUGGGCUUGAAAGGCAGUUGAGUUUUCAUAAGCAGCUUUCAGGACAGUCAAGACGGCAUGAUGAUGUUCGAUCUCCCACACAGAGUGUUGGGUCUCAUGACAAUGGAUCAAAUUAUAGUUUUGAGAAAAAGAGGGAGGUUAAGGAAAGAAGCAGCAGUGGUAGUCUACAUCGAACUACCAGUCAGAAGGGACAAGAACAAUUUCCGAUGGGUGGACUUGAUUUUGUUAAGACAAUCAUUGCAAGAAUAGUUUCUGAACCUGUGCUUCCGAUGUCCCGAAAGUUUAAUGAAAUGAAUGCACAGUACAUAACGCGUCUGAAAGAGGGUAUUCGAGAACUCAUGCUCAGUUCAGAUAACCAUGGACAAAUACUUGCUUUUCAAAAGGUUUUGAUGAACAGGUCUGAUAUAACCUUGGAUGUUCUAGUGAAGUGUCAUCGAGUGCAACUGGAAAUUUUGGUUGCUUUAAAAACAGGUUUAACCCAUUAUCUUCACCUAGAUGAUAAUAACAUUUCAUCGUCUGAUUUAGCUCAAGUAUUUCUAAGCUUGAAGUGUAGGAAUGUUACAUGUCAAAGUCAGUUGCCUGUCGAUGAAUGUGAUUGCAAGGUUUGUGUGCAGAAGAAUGGUUUUUGCAGGGAAUGUAUGUGUCUUGUGUGUUCUAAGUUUGACAACGCGUCAAACACAUGUAGUUGGGUUGGGUGUGAUGUUUGUCUUCACUGGUGUCACACUGAUUGUGGAUUACGAGAAUCUUAUAUCAGAAAUGGGCAUACUACUGGAACUAAAGGGACGACUGAGAUGCAGUUUCACUGCAUUGCUUGUGAUCACCCUUCCGAGAUGUUUGGCUUUGUCAAAGAGGUGUUUCAAAGUUUUGCAAAAGAGUGGUCAGCCGAAUCUCUUCGCAAGGAACUAGAAUAUGUGAAAAGGAUCUUUUCUGCUAGCAAGGAUAUAAGAGGGAGACAGUUGCACGAGAUUGCAGAUCAAAUACUGCCGAGGCUGACUAAGUCUAACCUUCCUGAGGUUCUGAGACACAUCAUGUCUUUCCUUUCUGAUUGUGAUUCUUCCAAAUUAACCAUGACAACAAACUUUUCUGGGAAGGAACAAGUCAAAGAAAACAAUGGGGUAGCUGGGCCCAGCCAGGAAGCUGCUUGGCUGAAAUCUAUUUAUUCAGAAAAGCCACCACUAUUAGAAAGACCUCCAAACAUCCUUCCAAGAUUUGACCAGAAUGAUAAAAGGACACUGGUGCAGGAGUUGCAGAUGAGUAGUGUUCAAAAGGACUUUGGUUUUGAUGAAUUGGAAAGUAUAGUAAAAAUCAAACAUGCAGAGGCUAAAAUGUUUCAAUCUCGUGCUGAUGAUGCAAGGAGAGAAGCCGAAGGGUUGAAACGCAUUGCCCUUGCAAAGAGUGAGAAAAUUGAAGAAGAGUAUACCAGUCGACUUGCCAAAUUGCGGUUCACUGAGACAGAUGAGUUGCGUAAACAAAAGAUUGAAGAACUCCAAGCAUUGGAGAGGGCACAUCUGGAGUAUUUGAACAUGAAAAGGAGAAUGGAGUCAGAGAUUAAAGAUCUGUUAUCCAAAAUGGAAGCUACUAAAAUGAACCUUGCUAUGUGA